UUUGGACUACUUUUUGUCAAGCUGUCCAGUUGACAAAACAGAUGGGAAUUGGUGCUGUUGAUCCUUUCAUCUGGGAAAAUGCACUGAAUGGGAUAUUCUGCCUAAUAUGGCCAAUUGUGACCUUUACCUCUACUGGAAUGGACCCCAGUUCAUGACUUUGUUACCAUGGUGAUGAUCUUAACUACAACUCUGGAAAACAAAGGUGCUGAUUCUCUAUCAUGCAGGGCUGAACUGCACACUCCAAAGAAGAUGAGUCAAGGUUCCACUCUCUUCUCAUGUGGAAUGAUGGAAAAUGACAGAUGGAGAGAUCUCAGCAGGAAAUACCCCCUUCAGGUCGAACAGCCAAGUGCCAACAUUUGGGACUGCUUGUCUGACAAAAGUGAUGAAAGCUCCUUAUGGCAGAGAGAGCCAGCUAAUGCAUGCGCAGUAACCAACUUGAUCAAGGAUCUCAGCCUUAGUGACCGUAAUGGCAACCCUUCAGCACCUCCCAGCAAACGCCAGUGCCGAUCACUCUCUUUUUCCGAUGAGAUGUCUAGUUGCCGGGCUUCAUGGAGGCCCAUUGGAUCAAAGGUCUGGACUCCUGUAGAAAAGAGACGCUGCUAUAGCGGGGGAAGCGUGCAGCGUUACUCCAAUGGAUUCACAACCAUGCAGAGAAGUUCAAGCUUUAGCCUUCCUUCCAGGUCAUGUACUCUCUCCUCAUCAUAUGACCAGAUGGGAUUUAGCAAUAGAUUUGGAUGUCAGCCAUGCCAAGGAAUGAGAAAGUCAGCCACUUAUGGACAGACAAGUGAUAUUUGGGGUAAUGAUCAUUGCUCUUCUGAGAGUGGUAGGGUUGACAUCCAGCGAUCUCUCUCUUGUUCCCAUGAUCAAAUUUCCUUUUCGGAAAAUUGUCUGCCCUCAGCAAACAGCACACCUGCCUCAACACCAGAGUUGACAAGGCGCUCCAAUGGGCUUUCUCGAAGUCGGUCUCAACCAUGUGUCCUUAAUGACAAGAAAGUUGGAAUUAAGCGAAGACGACCUGAAGAGAUAAAGGAACAAAGACCUUCAUUGGACCUUGUCAAGAUGACACAGAAUUGUCAAACCUUUAACAGUCUUAGCACGACAGUCGAUGACUGCCCUCAGCAGAACCAGUUCUCCCUUGGCACCAGCAGCAAUAACUCAUGGGUCACCAACGUAGACAUCAUGCCUGGCAGGACACCGGCCUGCACCCCUGUGCCAGAGCCUCAUUCAAAUUCAGAAGAACAUCAUCCUAACCAGGAAGAAGAUUUCUCCUAUGAAGACUCAGAUUUCUGUGCUACAGAAGAUGAGAAUAGUAGGAAAGAAGUUGAGAACUCCUCAUGGAGGGAGAGUGGGACUGGUGGGGAUAACAUCUUUCAGUUGGGUGGUGAAUUAGAUAUUGAGCAAAUAGAAAACAACUGAGAGCACUAAAGGGGAGGCUCUGCCUGCACCAAGGCAUUUAGCAGUGGCAAACUCACACAUGUUAAUGCAGACCAGAGGAAGAAAAUCCGCAUUUUCCCUCUCCUUGGCAGGUGAACCAGAACAAAAAGCUUUGCCAAAAUUUGUUUAGCUUUUUGGGGGGAAUUAUUAGAACUACUGUAGCUCUUCAUAGAGAAAACUUCCAAUGUAACAUCAACAUAUUUAAAAGAA